CUCCAAAGAGUACAAGUGACCUCAUAUCUUCUUCAUCUGUGUUUGUGUUGUGAUUAUGCCAUUGACAUUAACAAAUUAGAUCGCAGAUCAAAUUCCAAACCUUUACCUCUGUGAUUUUCAAUUCCCUUAUCUCCUUUUCCUCCUUCAGAUUCGUUUUCGCAAUCUGCACUUUCAAUUCCAAAACCCUAAUUUUCUCUCAUUCCCCUAAAUCCACCAUCGCCGUUUCUCAACAAUUAAUAAUCACCCAUUCAAUCAUUGACCAAUUACAGUUCAAAAAAUCGAACUUUUUCUGAAGUAGUUCAAUACCCAUCUCUCAAUUUUUCGAUUUGUUUUGAGUUUCUUCCCCCUCUCUCACUAUGAAAGAAGGUAAAUCUGUUCAACAACAACAGCAGCACCAGAACGGUCACCUCGCCCCUUCCAAAUUCGCCAAAUUGUUUGACCCUGAAGCUUCCUGGGACAAGGAUCAAUUGGGAGACGUAUUGCAUUGGAUUAGACAAGGACUCGGCCUUUUGUGUGGAUUCCUUUGGGGUUCUAUACCUGUGGUUGGAGGAAUAUGGUUUAUCCUUUUUUUGGUGUUGUCCUCUGGGAUUAUAUACAGUUAUUAUUCAGUAAUAUUAAAGGUUGAUGAAGAAGAGUUUGGCGGUCAUGGAGCUCUCCUUCAAGAGGGGCUUUUUGCUUCCACAACUCUUUUCCUGCUUUGCUGGAUUCUAGCUUACAGUUUAGGGCACUUUUGAUUGGCUGGCCAUUGAAGCUUUUGCUAAAUAUCCAACAUGGUUGAAAGAUUUACUUGAUUCUGUGACUGGUCAAAGAUGCCUCAAUUGCAGUUAUCUGCGUUGAUUCUACGUGAAAUGUUCUGAUUUUGCAACACAUGAACACUAGCUUCUGCUUUCCAUAGUAAAUGGCUGUUUUAGCCCACCAUUCUUAAUGACACCUUGUGUUGCAGCUAAUUUUGGAUUGCAGUACUCAUGUCAAAUGCUGUUGUUUGUAGAACCAUUAAAUAAGAUUGCUUGCAGGCAAAUUCUGAAGGACCAUUUAUCCUUGAUGUUUA